UUUUUAUAUUUUCUUAAAAAUAUCUUUCUUCAUUUCGCUUCGUUUCAAUGCAGUUUUUUUUAUCAAAAGCUCUUCACGUACAUUUACGCAUACACAUACACAUAUAAAACGGACUGGACCAAGAGCAAUGGCAAAGUCCCGCUUGAAGCACGAAAUCGACAACGCAGACAUUGAAUCCACCCCUGCCAAACGUGCUCGCAUAGAGCAGGAUCAAACCGACGCGCCAUCGCAGGAGAUCACCCCCGAACCCGAUGUCUCACGCAACAAAACCGGAGUGACCAGACUGCGUGGGAAACAAGCGCAGGGCAGCCAGGCCGGGGGACCCGAAAUCGGAAUUGUCGAGUGUGUGGAGCUGGUGGACUUUAUGUGCCACGAAAAGGCCUCCGUCAAGCUCUGCCCCAAGGUCAACUUUAUCACCGGCCAGAACGGCAGCGGCAAGAGCGCCAUCCUGACCGCCCUGAUCAUUGCCCUAGGCGGCAAGGCGACCACAACCAACCGUGCCGGUAGCCUAAAGGGCUUCAUCCGCGAGGGCUGCCAGCGUGCCAUCGUCAGAGUGGAACUGCGCAACCGCGGCGCCGACGCUUACCGCCCGGACAUCUACGGCAACUCGAUCAUCAUUGAGCGCCAAUUGAGGAACUCGUCAGCCAUGACCUCGCAGUUCAAAAUCAUGAACGGCGAUACCAAUGCGGUCGUGUCGAGGAAGAAGGAGGAUGUUGUCAACAUCACCGACUACAUGGCUAUCCAGGUGGACAACCCGAUCAACAUUUUGUCACAGGAUGCUGCGCGCGAGUUCCUGGCCAGCACCAGCCCCGACAAAAUGUACCUGUUCUUCCUCAAGGGCACGCAGCUCUUUCAGCUCAGCGAGGACUUGGAGGCCGUGCGUCAGGCCAUUGCCCGCGCUGAGUCCAGCAUUGAGCGCAAAAAGGAGGUCCUUCCCGAGAUGCGUGCCGAGAAGAAGCGCUGGGAGCAGCAUUACCAGGACAUGCGCCAGGCUCGCGAUAUUUCAGCCAAUAUGACCGAGCUCAGCCAGCAGCUGGCCUGGGCCUACGUCGAAGAUGCUGAGGCCAAGCUGCAAGAGAGCAAUAUGGUGGUCGACAACCACAACAAGAAAAUAUCCAAGAUUGAAGAAAAGAUUGAGGCCGAAAACACGGCCAUUAUUGAGAUCGAUGCCGAGGCAGAGGAGAUUCGUGAGCAGGCCGAGAGACAUUUGGCACAGCUUGUGCCCCUGGAGGCGGAGAAGAGCGGGCCGAUGACUGUCAUGGCGCAGAUCAGGGCUGCUCUGAUCUCGUUCAAGGAGACUGAGAAUGAGAUCAAUAACGAGGCGCGCAGCACUCGCCAGCGAACCGAGUCCCUGAAAAAGGAGAUUGCGUCUGAGCGCGCACGGCUGCAUGAAAAGGACCAGGGGGGCAAGGAGCAACUCAAGCAGACUAUCGCUUCACUCGAGGAUCUGCAGAGCGACCAGCUUUCGUACGAGGAGCGCUCUAAGGAGCUGAAUGAGAUGAAGGGCAACUGCAUCCGUGAGGUCGACAAGAACCGCAUCUAUGUGGAAAAGACCCAGCAGAACCUCGACGACCUCAGGCGCCAGACGUCCAACCGUCUGAACGCCUUUGGCCGCGGCGUCCCUGAGGCAAUCGCGCAGAUCAAGAACACGCGGUGGAAGGGCAUGCAGCCUAUCGGCCCGCUUGGCGAGUUUGUCAAGGUGCGCGACCAAAAAUGGUCCCCCAUCAUUGAGACCACGCUGGACAAGUCGCUCAACGCCUUCCUCGUUGACUCGUAUGCUGACCAAGCGACCCUGGACAAAAUAUUCCGCCAGGUCGGGUGCCAGUCGCGCAUCGUUAUCUGCAAGCCCGAGCUGUUUGACUACUCGAAUGGUGAGCCGAGCGCCGAGUACUUGACCAUCCUGCGCGCCCUGGAAAUUAGCAAUGAGUUAGUCAAGCGCCAGCUGAUCAACCUCAACCGCAUUGAGCAGAUCAUCCUUGUCGAGCAGCGCGCUUUGGGUGACAAGAUCAUGGUGUCCAACAACGGCGGCUUCCCGCGGAACGUCACCGCCUGCUUGACCGUCGACGGCUUCAGCGUCGGAUCGCGCUCGGGCGGCCUGUCAACGCAGUCAGUCAAUUUGAUCAAAAACACUAACCGUCUGGUCAUUGCACGCGAAGAGCACCAGCUCAGCGAGCAGAAGCGCGCGCUCGAUGACGCAAAACGCACGCUGGAAAAGACCGAGCAUGAGCUCAGGGACCUUAUGCGCAAACACGAGCUUUCGAAGAGUGAAGUGCGCAAGUGCAAGGGGUCAUCAACAAAUCGAAAGACCCGUGACUUGCUGCACAGCAGCGAGUCGACUAAGAUUGCUGAGCUCGAGUCCGAGCUAGAGCGCCUUACUGCUCAGAUGGAGUCCAUACAGACGCAGCAGCUGGGGAGCGAAAUUGCUCUGGUUGACAAGAAGAUCGAGGCUAUCCGUGCGCAGGCAACGAAACUGAAGAAUGCGGCUGACGCGAAGACCGGUGAAAGCCGCAAACACACUGACAACAUAGUAUAUUGGAAAACAAAGUACUCCGGUAUGGGAGGAAGGCUAAAGGAGCUCGAGAAAAACCAGGUUAUGGCAAGGGAAGAAGUGCAGAGCGUUAUGGCUGACGCAUGCAAGCUGAGCGAGGAGCGCGUCGAGGUGCAGCACCCGGCCACCAAGCUCGACCGGAUGAUCACCGAGUGCAACGCGCGCCUCCUGGAGAUCGAGCGUUCCAGUAGCAUGUCCCUGGCUGAGGUCUCUGAAAAGGCGCAGAACUACAUCAAUACGUACAACAAGGCCAAGGACGAGUUGCGGACGACCACACGCAUGAUGCACUUCACCAACCAUUUGUACCAGCGUGGAUACACGGGCAAACUGGAGUUCGACCACUCGCUGCACACGCUGGUGCCCAAAGUCCAGACUGACCAGGAUCUUAUCGGCGAGCGCGCGGCUAAUGGCGGUGCUGGCAAUGGCAAGUCAUCCGCGGCGUACCAGCGCAAGGACACAAAGUCGCUUUCUGGAGGAGAAAAGUCCUUUACGACGAUUUGCCUGCUACUGUCAUUGUGGGAGACUAUGAAUUGUCCCAUGAUGAUCGACAGUGCGCGCUCGAAGAACGAAACGCAGUUCAUUCUUAUUACCCCUCUGGACAUGAGCACCAAGCCGGAUGCCGAUAUCACUAUCCUUCGACUUCAGCCUCCUAACCGCCAGAGCUCGGGUACUUGAGAUCAUUUUUGCGAAUAACAAUUUUAACAAUUUUAUUAUAAUUUCGACUUUCUUUGGCAACACAUUUUGACAAGAUCUUUUAAAUUACUAACAGCAUCCUGGUAACACGUCACAUAUUUGUGUGUAUGCAU